GUACACGUAUUUUUGUUUCCAUUGAAUGAAAACUGACGUAAAAGAUGGCUCAAUGCAAUCCCGCGUAGUGAUUUAGUGGUCACAAAAAACACCAGAGUAUGCAAUUUGCACUUUGCUGAGGACAGCAUCAUUUGGGAAUCCACCUUCCAUGACGAAAAGACAGGACAUAGCAAGCAGAAGAAGCCGAGAUGAGAAAUUGAGGGACAAGGAACAAGAACACCUACUUAAAGCAGUGCAAAGUAGCAUUGAUGAUUAUUCCUCCUAUCCAAAAUCAACCAGUUUUUAACAUUAUUCAGACUUUCUCCAGUUUUCAGUUCAUGGCAAUGUCCAUAUGGGUUCAGGAUAAAGUUACUUUGUUUAAGUUAGAAUAUAAACCAGCACCCAUCAUAACUCACUUUGUAAUUGUUGAUAAAGAUCUCAAUGUAAAAAC